GUAGUCAGGAAGAGGGUAAAUUCUGAGGAACAGAAGGAUCCAAAGUGACAGGGAAAAGUGAAUUGGUUUUAUGGUGGUAAACAAAAAACAGUGCAAUGAGUGUGUUGGAAGGAAUUAUAAGCUGUUGAUUCAUGUGACUGUGUUUUAAGGUAACUGCUACAGAUCUUGAAGGUAGCUGAAAAGGAUAUUUGAGUGAAAGGCCUUUUAAUCAUAAGUGGCAGUAAAAAAUAAAAAUAUUGAUGAGUUUAUAAAAUGAUGGCAUAAUAGCAGAAGACUUUAACAUCAUUGCAAUAUAAAUAGAAGAUGUGUACGUUCUUUGAAAAACAUCUUUAGUAGUAUACGUGCCUCCGAAAAUAAUAACAGGAGUUCAGAAACAGAUGGUUGAAAGUAUGACCUUAUCUGAAAAUGUAAUGGAAGUAGAUCCAUUUAGCUGCAAGUCAUGAUGAAUAAGACAAUACAUGGGCAGGUGUGCAAAACAGUAGAUGGUAAAUGAAUGAAAAAAAAAUAAGAGGGCUCCUACACCCUAUAUAUCUAAUAAGUCUUAAAUUGGAAGACUGCAUAUUCUGUAGAGUGUGCAGUUAAGGGUGAUUGCAUUUGGCAGAAGACAAUGGUAUACUCAAGAAAUGAGAGCAUCCAAAACUUCUUAUAUGUUUUAAAGAUGACAACUCACUGAUUAACAUGUAUGUUUCCCCAUGGAUUUUGAUUGUCACCAUUGAGCAAGAAAGGACACAGAUUCACCAGAAGGCUGGUUUGCACAACAGCCUUUAAUACGAAAAGCUCUCCUCUUUUAUAGACAGCUUCGACACAUUCCACCUGAUUGGCUAACAAAAGCAUCUUUCUCACAAACAGUCCUUGAGAAGAACAGAAAAACAGAGUAGGAAAACACCACCUGCAGGUUGUUCAUAAAAGUUAUCAUAGUUUCUUUACAACUCCCUAAAAGUCUCACAAGUUCACUGUGAGAAAACAAAUCUUGUUUUCUCGCUCUCUGACCAGGCUGUCACAUCCUCCUUUAGGUCACUUAGAAUAGUCCACCUUGGGAGGUAACAGAGAUCUAGGUUGAGAAAGGUGCUUUUAGGGUUAGACUGAAGGGUGAACGCUGGGCUGUAAGAGAAUGUGCUUGCUUGGUGCAAAACUUGUUCUGCUCAGGGUUCAAAGGUUUUAACGCAGCCCUCUGAUCUCACAGCUGCAUUAUCAAUCUAAUGCAGAAAAGACAGUGUCAUACUCACUCUUUUCUAAACAGCAUUUGAAUUAUUUCCUGUACAAAGAUUCCACUUCAAGAGGCAAGUCAAGGAAGUCUGUUUUGCAGAAUAGCCUGUGGCAUCAUCACUGAAAUGCUCUGCUGUCCUUGUCUCAAAGCUGUCACUUUGCUGUAUGCUGACUUGACAGCCAUACAGGAGCAGUUUGUGCAUGAAAACAUGAAUGAAUGAAAUUGGAUCUUAGGUUUAUAAGUGUCAAACCACUGGUUGAUACUUAGAAAUGAUUUGAUCUGCAAACAUCUGGAAAGGGCCUCUACCAAAAGCAAUAAUUUGCCUUUUGGACCAGGACAGAUAUUGUUAGUAGCCUCUUUGACAGCAGUGUUGCUAUGGUCCCAUAAGGAGAGCAUAAUUAUCAAUUUGCUUUUUUCAGAUAAUGCUGUUUUUAAGACAGUUAUUGAUGUGUUCAUCUUUCCAUUGAAGAUGGAUCUCCUUCUCUAACUCACGAAUAGAUUUUUUUAAUUUGAAAAUACAUGCCUAAACUGAGCAUACUUGAACUGUUUACUAAGCCCAGUUUCCUCUCUUCUCUUUAGAAAUUUCCUGUGAUUUGUUAGUUGUAGGCAUAGUAGCCUGGGACAUUAUAAUUGUCCUCAAGAACAGAAAGAAUUGCUGCAAUUACCUAGCAAAUAAAAGAAUAAGUGUGGAGAACCCUUUGGAAAAUUGGGGUUUAACAGUCCCUUUCAAUAUAUGUUUUUAAAAAGCUAGAGCUAGAAACAAAAUCUGGGAGGUGUUACCUUCAGAGAGAUGAAAAUUUAAUUACGUUUACAUUUAUUCUCAAAAUAUUAGAGAAUGGCUGUGAAUGGCUGUUGAGGCUGCCUCUUUGUACACAAGUAUAUAUUCCUAGUAGAAUUCCUCUUUUGUUGAGAGAAGAACUUGAAGGAUAUUGUUUUUAACAGGGAGUUCUACAAAAUUUCUGAAAUUAAUGUAUCAAUUCUGCGGUUUUCAUUCAACAGAGGAUUUAGCAGAGUCCUGGUUUAAGAGUGUGUGGUCCUGACACUUGGAAGGCAUGUUCACUGAACAAAGAAAUGUGGGACAUAAUUUACCCACAGAUCUCAAGAGCAGCCUGAACACAUAUCAGAGGUAGAUGGAUAAAGGAAAGAGGACACAACUAUGGCUGCUACAGUGAACUUGGAGCUGGAUCCCAUUUUUCUGAAGGCCCUGGGCUUUUUGCACUCAAAGAGUAAGGACUCUGCUGAAAAGCUGAAAGCACUUCUUGACGAGUCGUUGGCCAGAGGAACUGACUCGAGCUAUCGUCCCUCUCAGAAGGAAGUAGAGCAACCAAAAGUAUCUGUCACCAAACCCAUUAAGCAAGAGCCUAAAGCUUCAUCUAGUUUGCCUUCUGGCAACAACAAUGGCAAGCCCACUGCAUCAGAAAAGGUGAAAAAAGAAACAGAAAAGAGAUCUGCAGAUAAAACAAAAGGGGAUCCUGCUGAAGGAGCUGAUGCACCAAAGAAGCCCAGGGUAGAGAAGCAAGAGGCUCGUUCCUCUCCUAUUACAGUUCAGACAAGCAAGGAUUUAUCCAUGCCUGAUUUAUCUAGCUUUGAGGAAACCAGUGCUGAUGACUUUGCCAUGGAAAUGGGAUUAGCCUGUGUUGUUUGCAGGCAAAUGACAGUUACUUUUGUGAAUCAGCUAGUGGAGUGUCAGGAGUGCCAUAAUCUCUACCACCAGGAUUGCCAUAAACCUCAGGUGACAGACAAGGAAGUGAAUGAUCCUCGACUUGUCUGGUAUUGUGCCCGCUGUACCAGGCAGAUGAAGAGAAUGGCUCAGAAGACACAAAAACCACCUCAAAAACCAGCUCCUGCAGUGGUUUCAGUUGCACCAGCUUUGAAGGAUCCAUUGGUCAAGAAACCAGAAAUCAAGUUAAAACCUGAGACCCCACCAGCUUUUCUGGCAUUCAAGAGAACAGAAGUCAAGACCUCAGCAGCAGUUUCGGGGAACUCUGCCAGUACAAGCGUUUCCUCUUCAGCAACGAGCGGCCUUACAGGAUGGGCUGCUUUUGCAGCCAAAACCUCCUCUGCCAACCCUUCAACUGCCAAACUGGGAUCGACGGCACAGAAUGCCAGCGGGAAACCCGCAGCUUCCUCAAAUAACCAGAAACCCGUGGGUUUGUCAGGGCUGGCGACUUCAAAGACAGGACUGGGGGCCAAAAUAGCUUCUGCCAACAACAGCACAAACCCCGUUCAGCUGAAGCCUCCCCCGCCGCUGACCCUGGGCAAGACGACGCUGAGCCGCUCGGUGAGCAGCGACAACGUGAGCAAGGCGGGGCUGCCCAGCCCCAGCAGCGCCGCGCCCAGCGCCGGCGGCACGGCCGGAGGCGGCAACGGCGGCGGCGCCUCCGCGGGCGGCAGCGCGGCCGGAGCCGCCAAAGCCGCGGCCGACAGCGGCAGCCAGCCCGCCCCACUCAAGGGCCCGACCUCGCAGGAGUCCCAGCUCAACGCCAUGAAAAGGCUACAAAUGGUCAAGAAGAAGGCUGCUCAAAAGAAGCUCAAGAAAUAGUCUGGCUGCUUGCUGAUGUUGUUGGUUGUGGGCAGUGAAACAGCAGCGUCGGUGUUUUACUUAAAGGAAAUCCCCCCAGGUACUGGACUGAAAGAAGUUAAAUCAGGGAAGCCCAAACCUUACAGAAGGUCAAACUUUAAUAAUUCUCGGAGUCCUUCUGCCUUUCCAAAUCUGUGAAUUGAAUACGUUAGAGGAAUUCAUUAUUACAUGCUCCUGGUUUUGUAGCUCAAAGCACUGAAACUUGAAAUUGUAGAUGUUGGGUAUUUUUUAAUAUUAAAACCCCACAUUUGUGUAGAUCCACAUUUGUGUAGAUACUUAAUAAAUUGAACUUGCUGAAACCAUCAUUCUUAAAUGUUAAUAAUAAAAGGAUUAUUAAUCUGGGAA